AUGUGGCACUCGUUGGCUCUGCUCCUUUCUGGAUUCUCUGCUUUGAUCCACGUGUCGAUGCAGGGUCCUCACCAGAGGACCCUGCUGAAGAACCUCCUGAAGGACUACAACCGGAUGGAGCGGCCGGUGGGCAACGACUCCCACCCUCUCACCGUUGUCUUCUCCCUCAGUUUGAUACAGAUCAUGGAUGUGGAUGAGAAGAACCAGGUGCUCACCACUAACAUUUGGCUACGGAUGAGUUGGUUCGACCACUAUCUCCAAUGGAACCAGAGCGAACAUCCCGGAGUGAAAAACCUCCGCUUCACCACAGAUCAGGUCUGGACACCAGACAUCCUGCUCUACAACAGUGCAGAUGACGACUUUGACUCUACCUUUAAGACCAAUGUUCUGGUGAACUCCAGUGGCUAUGCUGAGUAUCUGCCUCCAGGAAUCUUUAUGAGCACAUGCAACGUGGAUGUUCGCUGGUUCCCUUUUGACAUCCAGAAGUGUGAGCUGAAGUUCGGCUCUUGGACGUAUGAUGGCUGGCUGCUGGACCUUCAGAUGAACGAUGCUGACACCUCAGGCUUCAUGCCCAAUGGAGAGUGGGACUUAGUUGGAGUUCCCGGCAGCAGAAACGAGGCCUUCUACGACUGUUGCAAGGAGCCUUACCCAGAUGUGACAUUUGUUGUGACAAUACGGCGGCGGACGCUCUACUAUGCACUGAACCUGCUCAUCCCCUGCGUGUUGCUGUCUUCGAUGACCUUGCUCAUCUUUGUGCUGCCAGCUGACUCUGGGGAGAAGAUCUCACUGGGUAUCACCGUCUUGCUGUCUCUAACUGUUUUCAUGUUGCUGGUCGCAGAGAUCAUGCCAGCCACAUCGGACUCUGUCCCUCUUAUAGGCCAGUACUUUGCCAGCAUAAUGAUCAUCGUUGGGAUGUCAGUCAUCGCCACAGUGGUGGUUCUGCAGUAUCAUCACCAUGAUCCAAAUGGAGGAAACAUGCCAAAAUGGGUGCAGCUCGUCUUGCUGCAGUGGGUAGCGUGGUUCUUGCGUAUGAAGCGGCCAGGAGAGAAUGACGACCCGGAGCGGCCCCCGUGUGCCCCCCACUUGCGGCGCUGCUCCUCGGGAUCCCAUAGCGGGAGCAUCCCAAACCCUCCGGACCCCACCCUCCAUCCGUUGCACCCACAGAACCUGGCUCCUCUCCAAACAGGGCCCCUCCAUGCGGGGCAUCCUCACCUCCACGCCCAGUCCAGCGCUAACAACAAUGGGAACCUUCUUUACAUGGGCUACCAGAGCAUGGAGGACCCUUCAAUGCUCUCAGAGCCUCUCCAGAGGAAUAACAUCUCCACAGGGCCUCCACGGGUAGCAGGAAGCCCACCUCCGCACCUCCCAUCACAGUUCUGCAGCUCCCCACCACCUCCUACCCCCAAUAUGGAUACUGUAGGCUGCCCCAGCACUGUCUCCAGUGGUGGGGGCUUUGGAGGUGGAGCCGGAGGGCUUGGAGGGUGCUCAACUGCGGGGAUAGGAGACCCCCAGCUUCAGGCCAUCUUGGAGGAGGUGCGUUACAUGGCAGACCGUUUCCGGGAGCAGGACGAGGCCGAGAGUAUGGCCGACCAGUGGAAAUUUGCGGCCGCUGUAAUCGAUCGUCUGUGUCUAGUGGCUUUCAGCGUUUUCAACAUCAUAUGUACCAUUUCUAUCCUGAUGUCUGCCCCCAACUUUGUGGAGGCUGUUUCAAAGGACUUCGUUUAAAAGCAAAGAGGCAAAAAGAGGAGGAGAAGAGUGAAGGAAAGGAUGAGGGGAA